CUCUCAGAGGCUGUCAUCGAUCUACAGCCUCGUCUCCUGGUGGGAACUUGGCGCCAACAGGCCGGCAACAUCGUAUCUCCAUGCAAUUUUAUCAUUGAUACGAUGCAAGCUGGGUACUAUGAUUCAUCCCCCCUUUUAGCGAGUCCACAUUUUUGGCUUCUUGUUUCCAUGUGCGCUGUUCUUUGUUCAUGCCAGAGGUUGAGACACGGACGAAUUUACUUGCAUUCUCGCAUCGUUUUGUGUAUCAAUGCUCUGGCUAUCGUGAUCCAUACGUCCCUGCAAAGUUUGGUACUGCUUGUUCACAGCCAGGAGGGUGUGAUUUGGAUACAUAUAUCACCGGAGAUCUCGACCCUCUCUGUUGUCUCAAUGCAAACGUCGUUCACAACCUUCCCACUUCCUCACCUUCAUUCCCUCCAGGCGCUGUUUGGCUCUAUCUGAGAAACAAUGGCAAUCACUCCGACCUCUCAAAGUUCGGCCUCAACGUCAACAAGCGAUCUCUCCAAGCCCCCGUUGCCGGUCAUUGAGGAGAAGCGACAAGAAGCAACGGAUGUAACCGUCCGGCAGAACUCGAGUCCCCCCCAGUCCAUUGCGAUCGAAAAGGCUGUCCUCGAGAAAGAUGUCGACGCCGGGGAGCUGGGCCGUGAAAUCUCUCGGAUCGACACGUCCGACUACCCUUCUGCCUUCCCCUUGGCCAUGAUCGUUGUGGCACUCGCUUGCAGCAUCUUUCUCGUGGCACUGGACAUGACCAUUGUAGCCACAGCCAUCCCUCGCAUCACCGAUCAGUUCCACUCGCUUGAUCAAGUGGGCUGGUAUGGGAGUGGAUUCUUCUUGACCAUCGGCUCCUUCCAAGCAACAUGGGGAAAGCUGUACAAAUACUUUCCUCUCAAGAUCUCGUAUCUGGCCAGCAUCUUUAUCUUUGAACUGGGGUCCCUCAUCUGUGGGGUUGCCAACGAUUCCACCACCUUGAUUGUCGGAAGAGCCAUUGCGGGCAUGGGAGGAGCAGGUAUCGCAUCAGGAUCAUAUACCAUCAUUGCGUUUUCUGCUCCGCCUAAGCAUCGCCCUGCUUUCACCGGCGUCAUGGGCGCCACCUUCGGCGUGGCAUCUGUCAUCGGCCCCCUUUUGGGCGGCGUUUUCACAGACAAUCUCACCUGGCGAUGGUGCUUCUACAUCAACCUGCCCAUCGGUGGCGCCGCUUCAGCCAUUAUCUUGGCCUUCUUCCGCACGCCCAAGGCUGCCCGCCCUCAAGCCGCCCCUUUGAAAGAGAAGCUGCUACAAAUGGAUUUCCCCGGGACAUUUACCCUCAUGGCCGCCAUCGUCUGCUACCUGCUCGCCAUGCAAUGGGGCGGAGCGACGAAACCCUGGUCCUCUGGCUCCGUGAUCGCCGUUCUGGUCCUCUUUGGUGUCCUCAUCAUCGUCUUUGUCGUCAUCGAGUACUUCUCUGGCGACCGCGCCUUGCUACAGCCCCGCCUCCUCAAAGACCGAACCAUCGCAGCUAUGUCUGCCUACAUCUUUACCGUGGCGGGCUCCUUCUUUGUUCUCUUGUACUACCUGCCCAUCUAUUUCCAAGCCACGCGCAACGUCUCCGCCGCCAAGUCUGGUAUUGACAACCUCCCGCUUGUCCUUGGCGCCUCACUCUUUACGGUUUUCUCUGGCGGUCUCCUCACAGUAUGGGGUCAAUACAUCCCUCUCAUGGCACUCGGAUCGAUCCUCGCCUCGGUCGGUGCAGGACUAAUCUACACACUGGAAAUCCACUCUGGGUCAGACAAAUGGAUCGGCUACCAAGCCCUCGUAGGCAUCGGACUUGGACUGAUCUUCCAGAUCCCCGUGAUCGUGGGUCAAGCGAUCGUCAAACCCUCCGACCUCAGCUCCGUGUCUGCCAUCAUCCUAUUCUUUCAGACCAUCGGUGGCGCGGUGUUCAUCUCCGCCGCACAGGCCGGUUUCACCAACAAGAUGCUCCACGAACUGCCCCUCAAGGCGCCGAACGUGGACGCCAGCCUGGUGCUGGCGACCGGUGCGACCGACCUGAGGAGAGUGUUUGACGCGAGCGACAUCCCGGGGAUCCUCGCCGCGUACAUGGACGGCCUGAGGGUGCCGUUUGCAAUCUGCAUCGCGUGCGCCUGUCUUACUUUUGUGCUGAGCUUUACGCCCAGGUGGGAGAGCAUCAAGGGGAAGGUGAAGCUGGAUGGGCCUGGCGCGUGAGCGGAGCAGAAGACAGGGGUUGAGUUGGACUGGAUUGCAUUGGGGUCAAGGGACUUUUUCUUCAACAGUUUGGAUUGUUCUGGCUACGGCUCCCUGCUCAACCAUAACCAAGGUAUGCCCUGGUCUGGCCUUUUUUUUUCGAUUCUUUUCGCAUUUACGGGCGCGCGUGUGGACAGCAUUUGCAUGGAGAGGAGUUUCUACUUUGCAUAAUUUAGCCUCCGAUAUAGAUUACGAUGCCCAGUGCCUGGGACUGCUCUCAGGACUGUAACCAGGUGUACGAUACAUAUUUGCCCUCUAAUGACAAUAGAGUAUAGAAACACACAAACAGCAUAGAUUCAUGGAUAAUACAGGGGCUAGAAUUAGAACCAUGGCUACCUAGCAGGGAGG